AUGGCCUAUGAGAUGGUGUUGCCUGCGGAGCUAGCUUUUGUUCUUCUGGUUUUUCAUGUCUCUAUGUUAAAAAAGUGCCUUGGUGAUCCAACUUUGAUUCUUCCUAUUCAAGGUUUGGGAGUUGAUGAAGACUUGUCCUAUGAGGAGGUUCCUGUUGAGAUUCUAGACCGGCAUGUAAAACGUAUGAGAAAUAAGAAGGUUGCUAGAUUGAAGGUAUUGUGGAUGAACCAUCUUGUUGAGGGAGCUACGUGGGAGUCCGAGGCUGAUAUGAGAUCCUUUUACCCUCAUCUCUUCAUCUCUUGA